AUGCCUUUGAAACCCUCGGCUAAGAGGCUCUCAACUAAGAAGCCUUCGACCGAGAAGCCCGUGACUACGCCGGCUGUGACGUCACCAGUCAUCCGUUCUGCUACGAAGCCUGCAACCACUCCACCUUCUACGUCGAAACUUGAGACCAAAAAGCCCACCACGAAUCCUGCCACGAUGGAGCUUGUUGGUAAGGCCAAGAAGUCCAGCAAGAACUCUGCCAAGAAGGUCGUGAAGAAGUACGGAAAGCCCGAAGAAUGCCAAGAAGGUCGUGAAGAAGUAUGGCAAGAAGGCUGCUAA